AUGGCUGCCACUGUCGGUGGUAUCACAUUGCUUGUUCCAUUUCCGACAUCUACUCCGGCAAAGAGAACUACAAGAAUGAUGCUUGGAAGAAAAUCUGAUUCUUCUUCUUCUUCUUCUUCUAAUGGUGUUUCACCAGUUAAGGCAAAUGGGGUUGGGACAAUCUUGAAGAUGGCAACAGAGAAGCAGUGGAAGCUACUUGACAGAAGGGAGAGGGAAGAUGAUCAGCACGUUAUGAUUGGAGACCCAUUUGGUCUUGGUGAGGUUGUGAAGGACAUGCGUAUUUUCUGUGAGAACUUCACAAUCAGAUCUUAUGAUAUGGGUCCUAAUCGCACGGCAUCCAUAGAGACUUUGAUGAAUCUUUUACAGGAAACGGCUCUAAAUAAUAUUAAAAAUAUGGGGAUUUUGAAAGAUGGAUUGGGUUCAACACCAGAGAUGAGUGGAAGGAGCCUUAUAUGGGUGCUCUCUAAGAUGCAUGUUGUCGUGGAUCACUACCCUUCUUGGGGUGACGAUGUUCAAGUAGAUAAUUGGUUGAUCCCAUCUAACAAGAAUGGCCAGGGUACUGAAUGGAUCAUUCGUGAUAGCCAGACCUGUAGAACUCUCACACGAGCUACUAGUGUGUUCGUGAUGAUGAAUAAAAAAACAAGAAAACUAUCGAAAAUGCCAGAGGAGGUCAAAAGAGAAAUGGAAACUCAUUACAUAGACUAUCUUCCUACUCCUAUUGCAGAUGAGGAUAGCAAUAGAAUAGUAAAGUUUGAUUACAAUAAUAUGGAUUAUGUUCGAACCGGUUUAACACCUCGUUGGAGUGAUUUGGAUGCCAAUCAACACGUGAACAAUGUGAAAUACAUUGGGUUGAUGCUUGAGAGUGUUCCCAUUUCAAUCUUGGAGGGCCAUGAGAUUUCUGAGGUCAAUGUAGAGUACAGAAGGGAAUGUGGGAUGGAUGAUGCAUUGCAGUCCCUGACUUCUGUUUGUAGUCAAGAAGCAAGUGCUGGAGGAGGAGGAGCAGGUCAUCAUGAGUGUUUACACUUACUGCGUUCUGAGAAUGGAGCUGUGGUUGCUAGAGGGAGGACCAAGUGGAGACCCAAAUAGAAUAUUCAAACAAUUAAGGCCUAAAGUGUGGGAGAUAA